AUGGAGGAGAAGCCGAAGGAGGGCGAGGCCGAGGUCGCAGAGCCCUGGUUGUCUAAGUGGGAGCGCCAGUGCCUGGCCGAGGCCGAGCAGGAAGAGCAGCAGCUCCCCGAGCUGCAGGAGGAGGCGGCCGCCGAGGCGGCAGGGCUGAGGAGCGAGCAGCAGAAGCUGUGGCACCUCUUCCAGAUUUCGGCCACUGCUGUGGCUCAGCUCUACAAGGAUUCUGGGUGCCCACAGCCAGGACUCUCCGUGUGGGACCCCUUCCAGCAUGCGGCCAUGGCCGUGACCAGCCUGUACAAAGAGAGCGGGAAUGCCCACCGACGAAGUUUUGAGCUAGGUGUCCAGGUUGGCUACCAGCGUCGCAUCAGAGAUGUGUUGGAGUGGGUGAAAAAGGGCCGAAGCACUAUUCGCCGUGAAGAUCUGAUUAGCUUUCUCUGUGGCAAAGCUCCCCCCGCCCCUGCCCCGCCACGCCCUCCCAGGACAUCCCCGAAGCCGCAUACUGGGGCCGCUGGCCAGGCUGCGGCCACCGAAUCCAGCUCAUCAGUGGACGUCGACCUACAGCCUUUCCACGAGGCUAUAGCCUUACAUUGCCUCAGCGGCGCGAUGGCGGGAAUCAGCAUGCGGUCUGGCGCGCCUGGCUCCCCAUCUCAAGAGAGUGGUGUCGCCAGCAGUGGCCGCCGAAGAAGUAGCUUCUUUGAGGACGACCUCAACCCAGAAGAAGUUGCCCAACACCUGGACAGUGGGGGGACCCGCAAGCGCACCUCAGCCCGUUGCGGUGAUGGCAUCACAGACUCCCCAACCUACAAGCGCAACCGAAUGGUCUAAAACUGCGUCACUGGUCACCAACCACCACAUUGCCUGAGCGCUAAGUCGACCUUCAGCACGCUUGUCCGCAGGGUGCCGGAGAUCAUCUUUCUUCCUUAAGUUAAACAAAGAUUUCUAUCAAGUUUGCCGUAAAGAAACUUUAAAAGUAUUUCAGAAGAGGCCUCAUAUGACUCUGACUUCCCAAAAAGUAUAAUUGUAGCAGAGAACCUCAGAUGUCAUGUAGUAGUUAACAAGGUCACUUACAGCAAAAGUAUUCAGUCAGGG